AUGGAUGCACCUGACGGUUCUUUGAUGAUGGGCACCCACUUGCCCAUUCCGCCAAUCGAGUCCUCGUUCGUCCCCUCGGUCUCUGUCUCGUGCCGUGUCUACCUGCCGCAACGCGCUGCCCCGGGACCCGAGUGCAGAGUGCCGCCUCCUCUUCUCUUUCCUUUCGACGUGCUCCGAGAAUCCCAGGCAGGCACCCUGUGCUGUGCGCGCUCCACCCGGCAGGCACCCGCUCCUCGACGCGACUCCCCAGUCCUCCGUCCAUCCACGAGUCAGCGUCCGCGUCGGCGUGUCCCUCUCCCUCACAUGCGGAUGCGGGGCGGCGGCCAAGGCGAACUACUAGUAGUUGCACGCAAAAAGCGCCCGCACGCCACGAGCGAUCGACAGAUCGGCCGAUGCGGAGGAGCUAGCAGCCGCCCGCCGCGAGCUCAACCUGCACCAGCGCCGCACGCCACGGGCGGGGGACGCCAGAUGAUGAAGGAUGCGAAGUGGCCGCACGCGGCGGCGAGCGUCGGUGGGAGGCGAGGGCCCCCCGCCUCAUCAUCCGCCGCGGGGCCGUCGUACACUCUCCUCGCGUCCUCCCCACCCACCAGCGCCAGCAACGACGGCUGCUCGCCGCACCACCUCUCCCGCGCCCGCGUCCGACGACGACGGGCCCUCCUCGUUCGACGCGUCCGUUGCUGCCGCGAAGCUUCCGUUCCAGCAGCAGCCGCACAGGAACAGCCCCCAACUCGGUGUCGCGGACUGGCUGCGGCUGCAGCGGCAGUCCAGCGGGAGCAGCGUCGGGGCGACGACGGCGAGGUAUCCUCCACCGUCUCCUCCACCCUCGCCAACGCCGUGGAGUACAGGGACAAGGGCGACGCGGACCGCCCGCCGAGCAGCAGCAGCAAGAGCUGGGCGCAGCAGGCGGAGGAGGCCUACCAUCUCCAGCUCGCCCUCGCGCUCCGCCUCUGCUCCGAGGCCUCCUCCGCCGCGGACCCCAACUUCCUCGACUCCUCCUCCACCGCCGCCGCCGACCACCUCCAGCACAUUGCAUCGCCUCAAUCCCUCUCCCACCGCUUCUGGGUCAACGGCAGCCUGUCCUACUCCGACAAGGUCCCGGAUGGCUUUUAUCUCAUCCAGGGGAUGGAUCCCUUCAUAUGGACCCUCUGCAACGACGUGCACGACGGCGGCCGCGUCCCCUCCAUUGAGUCUCUCAAGGCUGUCAAUCCCACCGAUUCUGCCAUCGAGGUGGUCAUCGUAGAUAAAGUGGCGGACUAUGACCUGCGGCAGCUGAUAAGCAUGGCCAUUGACGUUUCUCGGAACCGCGCCGACUCCAAGGAGAUCGCCACUCGACUCGCUGCCGUUGUGUCCACAAAGAUGGGGGGAUCAGUAGCAGCUACCGAGGAACACGAGUUGGGUCUCCGGUGGAGAGACUCUGUUGGGUUCCUGAAGAUUAGCUCAGGGUCUGUUGUACUUCCCAUCGGAAAGCUAUCAAUUGGCUUUUGCUGCCACCGAGCAUUACUGUUCAAGGAAUAUCUAAUUGAUUUAAUUGGGAACCCAGGAUUCUUAUCUGAACCUGACUCCCUCUUGAAUGGACUAUCAUCCAUCUCGGUUUCUUCACCAUUGCGCCCACCAAAACAUGACUCAGCUGGCAUUUCUGAUAAUUUCAAGUUGUUGGCCAAGCAAUAUUUCCUAGAUUGUCAGUCGUUAAAUCUCAUGUUCAGUGAUCCAGCAGCUGGAACGGUUAUCGACUUAGAUGAGCCUAUGGGAUCCAAUCUAGGUCCAAACUCAUCACAUGCAACAAACAGUGAUUGUCAAGCUACCUUUACUCAUCUUAAGGAUGGUACUCAACGCGGUAGUCAAGAUGGGAAUUUUAUAAUGCAGAGGAGUUCCCCAGAGGAUACUCAAUCUGGACUAAGUGAUCCCUUUAGCGAUAUGUCCCUUGAGAUAGAAGACUUGAUUAUCCCAUGGAGUGAGCUUGUUCUGAAAGAGAAAAUUGGUGCAGGUUCUUUUGGUACUGUGCACCGUGCAGAUUGGAAUGGUUCGGAUGUCGCAGUAAAGAUUCUAAUGGAGCAGGACUUCCACCCAGAGCGUCUCAAAGAAUUUUUGAGAGAGGUUGCAAUUAUGAGAAGUUUGCGACAUCCGAACAUUGUUCUUCUUAUGGGCGCUGUCACUCAGCCACCUAACCUUUCAGUUGUGACUGAAUACCUGUCAAGAGGUAGCCUGUACAGACUUUUACACAGGCAUGGUGCAAGGGAAAAUCUGGAUGAGCGGCGCCGCUUGAGUAUGGCUUUCGACGUGGUCUGUGACUUUGGUCUCUCCAGAUUGAAGGCAAACACAUUUCUGUCUUCCAAGACUGCAGCAGGGACUCUUCGUGUUAUUCUAUGGGAGAUUAUGACAUUGCAGAAGCCAUGGAGUAAUUUAAAUCCAGCUCAGGUCGUAGCAGCUGUUGGUUUCAUGGGACGAAGGCUUGAGAUCCCAAGCAGUGUUGAUCCGAAAGUGGCAGCAGUAAUUGAGUCCUGCUGGGUCAGAGAACCCUGGAGACGACCCUCUUUUGUUAGUAUCAUGGAAUCCCUGAAACCUCUCAUCAAGACAUUACCACCCAAUCAACUCCUGGAAGAAAAUUAG